AUGUUGAAAGUGAGAAAUAAUAGCAGUUGGUGUAGGAUUGCAAAUUGUAAAAUUGAAAUUACUAACCUUAUAAACAAAAAAAUUAGAAUUAGAAUAUUUAAUAUUGAUAAUAUAAAUAGUGAUUUAUUAGAAUUAGAUGAAGUAAAUAAGCCUGUACCUAAUAUUAUUAUAAAGGAUGCUGAUAUUGAAAAUAGUAAUACACUUAAUCUUAAACUUGUUAGUAAUGAUCAAAAUGUAGGGCAUAAGCAAAGUCAUGUAAUAGUUACAUUUUAUCUAUUAAAUGAUAUUGAAAAUACUUUAAAACCAGAAAAUCAAUAUUGGUAA